GGUUGCUGCUGUCUGUGGUGCUGGUGGUGGUAAGAGCUAUGACGCAUCGAGAUUGCAUACGAAAUGCCAACGAGUUGAAAACCCCACAAACGAGUGGCGCAUGAGCAGUGCCAGCAUUUCCUUCCCCCACCCCUGCCACAUUGCCGUUGCCUACCACGUAAGGGCAAGUGAACAACCCUCUCUUACUCUCCCAAACAAGCAGGCUCAUGUCUCUCUCCGUCAGUUGCCAUUUUGCCGCCCGGUCGAACGUUUGUUUGUUUGUUAUUGCGUGGGUGUUUGUUUGUGCCUCGCAAAAGCGAAAAAUAGUAUAAGUUUUUUAGAUAUCUGUGUGGAAUAAAGCAGCAGCGUGUAAUACAAAUUUGCUAUUCCUAAAUGACUGUAUUAAAUGUAUAAAUAAAAAGCUCAUUUGCACUGCACAUGAAUAACAAGGAAAAUAAUUAAGUUCAAAACGGAUUUUGCGCAGUUCGCAUGGCUACAAACAGUAUUGGGUAUUGACUGCUUUACUGACUUUAUCUGCAUUACAUACAGUGGUUUGGUCUUAACCCUGGAGAGCAUAGAUAAGGAACGCACAACGAAUUCACGGAGGAGGCGACAUGUGGCCCGGCUCCGAGCAAGACAGCUCAAGAGCUUUGGAGAUUCCAACCAGUCAGCAAAAUGCGGGCGGUAGUAGUCAGCAAGAGACACUUGCAGACAUCGAGCACAUAUCAACCAUAGCCGGAUCCCUUGCUUCCAUUGGAUCUUUGUCGCAAACACAAAUGCGUUAUGUAAGUAAUCGAUAGGAAUGAAUGUAACAAAUAUAAAUUCCUGAUUCUUUUCAGUGUACAAAUGACGCUGGCUACGAUACGGAGCAUACCUCACUGAACUCGGACUUUGAUGAAGCCGAACUACGUCGAGAACUGCUGAGAGAUAAAUGGAAACUAUUAUUUGAUAUGUUCGAUCCUGAGGGCUUCGGCGAAGUAUCUGUCACAGAGUUUCUGGUAGCAUUAAAAUCGCAGGAAUUUCUAUCCCAAGUGCCUAUGAAUAAAAGGGAGCUGCUGCUUGAGCGGUCCAAGAAGGCCCAGUUUCCCAGUGGGCCGGGCUAUGUGACAUUUCAGGACUUUGUCAAUGUGAUGAGUGGCAAGCGAACGCGCAGUUUCAAAUGUGCGGUUCACUAUCGAGAUCGUGAGGUGUGCUCUGAGAACGACUUUCAACUGGUGUUAAGCGAGCCGCCGCUGUUUCGAAAAAUGGUGCACACUGUAGCCAUGGAGGUAUUGCCGGAGGAGCGCGAUCGAAAAUAUUACGCGGAUCGCUACACCUGCUGUCCGCCACCUCUUUUUAUCAUUCUGGUCACAAUCAUAGAGCUGGGCUUUUUUGUGUACCACACUUUAGUGGCAGGAGAAGCUGCACCAUCAGGACCUAUACCCACCGACUCCAUGUUUAUUUACCGACCAGACAAGCGGUACGAGAUCUGGCGCUUUGUUCUCUAUAUGGUACUCCAUGCUGGGUGGUUCCAUUUGGGCUUUAACGUCGUCAUACAGCUGCUCUUUGGCCUGCCAUUGGAGAUGGUGCACGGAUCAACGCGCAUCGCCUGCAUUUAUUUCUCAGGUGUGUUAGCCGGUUCGCUGGGUACCAGUAUUUUUGACCCCGAGGUGUAUCUAGUCGGAGCCAGCGGUGGCGUUUACGCCUUAUUGGCGGCUCACUUGGCCAACGUACUGCUGAACUACCACCAGAUGCGCUAUGGCGUUGUUCGUCUGGCAUUUAUUCUCAUCUUUGCCUCUUUUGAUUUUGGAUUUGCGAUCUAUGCGAGGUAUGCCGGCGAGGAUGCUUUGCCUGGCCAUGUGGGCGCUAGCUCAGCCGCCGUUUCGUAUGUAGCCCACUUGGCUGGCGCUGUGGCUGGACUCACCAUUGGUCUGCUGGUGCUGAAGAACUUCGAGCAGAAGCUGCACGAGCAGCUGCUUUGGUGGAUAGCUCUGGGCAUCUACACAGCUUGCGUGGUCUUCGCCGUUGCCUUCAAUGUGCUCAACGGCGUAACAUUGUUCAACAUGCGCGUGGAGAAGAUACGCGUUACUGAGACGUACUUUAACGACUUCCAGAUCUAACAGGAAGCCGUUACACGAUUGUGUUUUGUUGGUCUCGUCAUAAUUAUGAUAUUUUUUUUGUUUAUCAUUUAAUUUUUUUUUUUUUUUUUGUGUUUUUGAAU